ACCGCCGCUCAGCUGGGAGACAGACGCUGGACAUGACAGACGCUCCUUCAUAGACGGUUUGAACACCCGUUCGGACCAGAAAGUUUUUGCAGCCAUGACAUGCAUACAUCCCCAGCAUGGAUCUCAGUUCUAUGAGAACAGCAUGAGCAGCUUGGAAUCUCAGGGUAUAGACCUCACCUCUUGGCUGGACAUGAGUAACCCACGGGACCCCGUCUCAACCUCCUCUCUGGCCAGCGCCAGCCAGGUGCUGCGCACGCCCUCUGAGGACUAUGAAGCCUAUUCUUGCCAGUUCACUACAGCCCCUGCCCAUGUGACCUCUCCUUCGGACCAGGAGGGACAUUACAGCAUGGAGGAGCUUCAAAUUUACGGCUGCUACCCAGGGUCACUUAUGCUGAACUACCCGAAUGAGGCCAUGUCUCCCAGUGGGUCGGAUUAUUAUGGCAGCCCUGCAGCAGCCUCAUCUCCCUCAACGCCUGGAUUCCAGGCCCAGCAGGCCUCGAACUGGGACUCAGUCUUUGGGACAUAUUCAGCCAGUCCUGAAUGUUGGAUGGCUAAGGACAUCUCAGGACCAAAUGCAUCCACUUUAUUUCCAUUCAGUUCUGGGCCUGCAGAGGACGUGUCUUCUUUUAGUCCGUCACUUUUGCAAGAGCAGGAACUGUUUGCUUUGGCUCAUCCUCUUCCUUCCGGACUGACCUUCCCGUCUGUUGUGAGGGAGCAGGGACUCGGUCUUCAUGGCAGCGAACAGCUGGACACUAGCUUAUCGCCCAAGCUGAAACGUGGAAAUGAAGGUGACUGUGCUGUGUGUGGAGACCACGCCUCCUGUCAGCACUAUGGGGUUCGCACCUGUGAGGGAUGCAAAGGCUUUUUCAAGCGCACAGUGCAGAAAAAUUCCCGAUAUGUUUGCAAUGCAAACAAAGACUGUCCGGUGGAUAAGAGGAGACGCAAUCGGUGCCAGUUCUGCCGCUUCCAGAAGUGCCUCGCUGUGGGAAUGGUGAAGGAAGUUGUGAGGACAGACAGCCUGAAAGGCCGUAGAGGUCGCCUUCCUUCAAAGCCAAAAGUGGUCCAGGACACGCCAGCCCCGAUGUCCCAAGUGAACAUGAUUGCUUCGCUGGUUAGGGCCCAAACAGAGUCUAACCCCUCUAUGGGAGCUCUGGAUUAUUCUAAGUAUGCUGAGCAGAAAUUCAGCAUGGACCAGAAAGAAGAUCUCAGUCAUGUCAAACUGUUUUAUGACCUCCUCACAUCAUCCUUCGAGUCCAUCAGGAAAUGGGCAAAGGACAUCCCUGGUUUCUCCGAUUUCUGUCACGAGGAUCAGGAACUUCUGCUGGAGUGUGCAUUCAUCGAACUCUUCAUUCUGCGUCUGGCAUACCGGUCACAGCCAGACACAGGGGAACUCAUCUUCUGCGACGGCACCGUCCUCCACAAAACGCAGUGCAUUCAAAGCUUCGGGGAGUGGAUCGUCUCCAUCCUGGAGUUUUCUCAAAGCCUCCGCUGCAUGAAGCUGGAUGAAGAAUCGCUCGCCUGCCUCGCUGCCUUGGUUAUAAUCACUGAUCGUCAUGGUUUAAAGGAGCCCAAACGGGUGGAGGACUUUCAGAACCAGCUCAUCACCUGCCUUAAAAACCACAUGUCUGGAUGCAGUUCAGAGUCUUUGCCACCUAAUUACUUGUCCAGACUUCUUGGGAAGCUGCCUGACCUCAGGACUCUGAGCACGCAAGGCCGCCAGCGCAUCUUCUACCUGAAACUCUCGGAUGUUGUUCCCCAACCUCCAAUUGUGGAAAAGAUUUUUAUGGACACGCUAUUAUUUUGAAAUGUAGGAAAAUCGUUUGCUUUUUCACCCGCUUCAGGUGAAAUGGUGGGAAAAAUAUGGACUAUAUCCUUAGCAAUCCUGUAGUUUGGUGCUACUUAGUUGACGCUUGUUGACAGCUUAUGGAUCGAGUACAACGUAACCAUCAUGGUGGAUUGUUUUGGAAAGCUUUCGUCUGAAGACGGAAUAGGAAAGGUCCAUUCAAAAGACCAAAUGGUGACUAUUGUGAGCGAGGGAAUGCUGACAAGCAUGUCCAAUCGGCUAUAAUGUGAAUACAGACAUUGUGCAGCUUUUUCACCAAAUGCAAGCAGGAAGCAUUAUGGGAGAUCUGAAACAUAAGUGAAAAUAGUUUUAUUCAAAUGAUUUUACAAAACCAACUUCCGUAUAGAUUUUUCUUUUCUCAACAUGUGGGGCAUAAGUCUUACAGCUUAUUUACACUUUAUAUUUAACACCACCAGAAUUUUUUGGUGAGUAAUUAGCUGAAAUUCACAUAUUCGGCAGCAGCAUUCAUGUAUCAUGAAUUGGCAAUGAUCAGCUAAUAUCAGUGUGUUCUUUCCUCUUUAUGUAGAGUCUUACACACGUUAUUUCAAUCUGUAUUAAACAGCUGUUUUAAAACAAAUAUCCAAUGUACAGUGUUUUUUUUUUUCUAUAUGUAAAGGUGGAACUUCUGAAACUGAAA